AUGCCAUACCUGCGAAGCAAUCUUAAACGACGCGAACAUAAUCGUACCACUUUCAACACAUGCCAAGGUAUGAAUCUGCCGGGGAUCGAUAAAGACAUCUUUAUGAGUUUACCCUGUAUAGUAAACGCUAAUGGUGUACGAGGAGUGAUGUUUGAAGACCUAGAAGACGAGGAGAAAGAGAAGCUUUAUGCGUCCGCGAAAGGACUAGAGGAACUCAUCCUGAGCAUAAAUUGGUGA